GAAGGAGAGAGGGGAGAGAGAGAGAGGACAGCUGGAGGAGUGGAGGGAGAAAGAGGGUGACAGAGAGACAGAGAGAGGAAGAGAGUGAGAGAGAGAAAGUCCAGGCCCAAAUAAAGCCAUGGGGGCCGGGGCUGGGCUGGGCACCCCUUUGCUAUAAAUACGCUGGCCGCCUGGAGGUUCGGGUUUGGUGGUUGGGGCUUAGGACUAGCGACCACCUCUGUUGCUGCAGUCUUCCUCAGGAGAGUCUCCUCCUUAUACUCAUCAUCCUCAUCAACCUCACUCUUGUCAUCGUUCUUCUGGCCAGCCAAGAUGCCUCGUGUGGACUCAGACCUCAAGCUGGACUUUAAGGAUGUCCUCUUCAGACCCAAGAGGAGCAGCCUGAAGAGUCGCUCAGAGGUGGACCUUCAGAGGACCUUCACAUUCCGCAACUCCAAACAGACCUACACCGGCAUCCCCAUCAUCGCUGCCAACAUGGAUACCACAGGGACGUUUGAGAUGGCACAGGUCCUCAGCAAACACACCCUCUUCACAGCCGUUCAUAAACACUACUCUGUAGAGGAGUGGAAAAAUUUUGCUGCUACUCAUCCAGAAUGUGUUGAGCAUGUUGCCGCCAGCUCAGGCAGUGGCGUUGCAGAUCUGGAGAAGCUGUGUGCCAUCUUGGAAGCCGUCCCCGCCCUCAAGUACAUCUGUCUGGAUGUGGCCAACGGCUACUCUGAGUACUUUGUGGAGUUUGUCAAGACGGUCAGAGAACGGUUCCCCAAGCACACCAUCAUGGCUGGUAACGUGGUUACGGGGGAGAUGGUGGAGGAGCUCAUCCUCUCCGGUGCUGACAUCAUCAAAGUGGGCAUCGGACCAGGGUCCGUGUGCACGACUAGGAUCAAGACAGGAGUGGGAUACCCACAGCUCAGUGCUGUAAUAGAGUGUGCAGACUCAGCCCACGGACUCAAAGGACACAUCAUCUCUGACGGUGGCUGCAGUUGCCCAGGAGAUGUAGCAAAAGCCUUUGGUGCAGGGGCUGACUUUGUGAUGAUGGGAGGAAUGCUCGCAGGCCACGACCAGUGCACCGGAGAGGUCAUUGAGAAGAACGGCAAGAAAUACAAACUCUUCUACGGCAUGAGCUCCGACACAGCCAUGAAGAAAUAUGUGGGUGGAGUUGCUGAGUAUAGGGCGUCUGAGGGGAGGACAGUGGAGGUUCCCUACAGAGGAGAUGUGGACAACACCAUCCGUGACGUGUUGGGGGGCCUCCGCUCCACCUGCACCUAUGUGGGCGCCGCCAAGCUCAAAGAGCUGAGCAGGAGAACCACCUUCAUUCGUGUCACACAACAGUCCAGCCAAAUGUUCAUUUUGUAAGGCACACGUAUACACAGGUUGCAUAAUAAGCAAUGUAUGCAGAGUUUAAAUGUGCAAUAGUAGAACAGUGGUGUAACACAUCCAGGAGAACGCCGCAAACACACACCCACACUUCUACAUUAACACCCCAACCUGUUUCUCUCAGGAUAUCUGCUCUCAGAAAGCUGUUAGUUUCCUGCAGGUUGUGAUUAAAAUGAACUCAAUUAAUUCUCAGAGAAGAAACACAGCACUCGAAUCAACUUAAUCCUACAGCCAGUGCGGUUACAUGCUUAGAGAAACCAUAGCAUGCUAUUGAAUGUAACAGAUUACAUUUUUUUCAAUCGGUCGCAAGAGAGCAGGACGACUGAAGCAUGUGUACUUCAGUUCUGAUGUUUCAUAUAAGCUCUUCUAACGUGUGUGUAUGCAGUAGUCGAGAUAUUUCUUGAUUAACAACAGCUCGGGAAUGAACAAGAAUGUGAGCUCUGUGAAACACAUCACAUGUCAACACACUGUGCAGGAGGAGGCUGAUACUACGUGCUAAGAUCAUUUGAAGAAACUAUUCUGCUCAACUGAACAUUGAAAUGAACGUGCAAAUCAAUAUGCAAGACUCAAGAGACGUCACCCUUUAACUGUCACUGGAGAAAUCAUGCCGCAAUAAAGUGCAUGAAGAGUCCUGCAAUUUACUCAGUGGUGUUCAUUGUUUUUUUUAAUCAUAUUCCCCGAUGACCGACAACAUAAUUGUGUAUCUCUCCCGAGGGUCUGUGUGCAUGUAUUUUGGGUGUGUCAGGAAUAUUGAGCCAGCCGAACACGAUGACCUCUGGAUUUAUGCAUCCCAAACAUUUGACAUACUUGAUUUACGCUGCUGUGCAUAUAAAACAGUCACGUUUAAGUCCUCUUCCUUGGUUCCACUGUGCCUGACAUUUUAAAUCAAGGGCAUCUUGUGGCUUCUACUACAUUUGGAGGUUGUGCACUUUAUGUAAGAAACUUCAGGGAAAGGUCAUUGUAAGG